AUGUUCAGGAAGACUGUCUGGAGGAACACAGUCAAUGAUGCAGUAAGUUUCCACCAGGACCAAGCCCUCAACACAACUAUAUUUCUCCUUAAGACUUACGGCCCGACAGGAUUUCUCCUCAGAGAGGAGGGAGAAGCUAGAAACUUUAAGGUGUGCUUGGGUGACCCACAUACGUGCACGUGCCCUGUGUUCUCCAGGGAGCAGGAGCCAUGCAAACACAUCUGCUGGAUUUUAUUGCGGAAAUUCAAACUACCCAGAGAGCACGAGUAUUCCUUUCAGCGUGGACUUGUGGAGAGACAGAUCUUGGAGGUACUCCAUGGUUUACACCAAACAAGAGCCCACCGGACGGAAAAUGAUUUUUCUGCUGCUUCUGGGACCGUGAGCCAACCAGUCACGGGCCAGGAGGCUGGAAGCGUCUGCCGGAAAGUGAUCCAAGCCCAGGAUGUGUGUCCCAUCUGUCAAGAGGAGCUGUUGGAGAAGAAACAGCCUGUGUCUUACUGCAGGUUUGGUUGUGGCAAUAAUGUCCACAUCUCUUGCAUGAAGGUGUGGGCGGAUCACCAGCAGCUCUCAGACAGGGAGGAGACGGUGAGGUGCCCCUUGUGCAGGGAGGACUUCAGCUCUUUGAAGUUGCUGCAGGAGCAGGUAAAAAACGCAGCCAGGCUCUCCACUGCUGCGGAAAGAGAGAAGCCAGACAGACACCUGGGAGUUCUUUGUAACAGCUGCCGUGUCAGCCCUAUCACCGGCAAAUGUUUCAAAUGCACAGUCUGUAGUUACUUCUAUUUGUGUGAGGACUGCUCAAAGAAGAGCUGCCACCCAAAGCAUCUGUUUGCUUCCCGAAUAAGGAGGAGAGAGAAGUGGCGGCUAGUAACAGAGCAUGUGAGCGAUGACACAAAGGGAGCAACUGCUAAGCCAGCAAAUCACAGCAUCACCCCUGUAGCUGCAGACCCUCUACCCGAAAAUGUUUUGGGUUGUCUGCCCGCCAUCAGGGUGAGAUCAGGGUCUCGGCUCUUGGAUGAGGGACAGCAGUGUCGAGUUUGUCUGCAGUGUUUUGCCCUAGGCCAGCAAGUCCGAACUCUGCCCUGCCAUCACAAGUUCCACGUGGACUGUGUGGACGGGAUCCUGCGGAAGUCAAACUCCUGCCCCUUGGAUGGAUAUGUCAUUUAUAGUCCCUUGACUUGGAGAACCAGUGAAAGGAAGACAUCCCCUAAGCUGGCCUCCUGCUUUUCCAGCGACUGUUCCAAACAACCAGAAAAUAACUUAAAGGACCUGUUCAUCCCUGGAGUGGCACUGCGGGCCAAGAAUAUAAAAGUCACUCCCUCGCAUGGUGCUCUAAACUUAGAGGUACUAACAGGCUCUUCAAUACCUUUAAGCAUCCCACAAAAUCGAAUGGCUGAAAGAUUUGAAGAUUUGUGCAUCACAACAACAGAUACUGUAACACAAAGAGAAGAAAGAGCUUUGCAGAACAACUCAAAUAGUGUUUCUCCUGAUAGCAGUUCCUCUGAUCACCUGAGGAAGUCUGAUUCAGACAGACUCAGAGUCAGCACCAUUAAAAACAGGAUUGCACCGGUGCCAAAAAUCAAAGAGAAACCGGAAGCUAACCUUUUUGUAGGUUUGUGGAGACCAGAAUCAGACAACACAACUACAGUGGCUUUUAAUGCCAGGCGAACUAGACCGCAGCCUAAACCAAGAGGCACAGUAACCACUCACGACACAAACAACAAACAUCUGUCAGAGCUAAGAAUGACUGGAGUCUUGAUAAACACACAGCAUCAGAAGAAGGAGACUUAA